CGGAAGCCGGUAGUAAGCAGGAAGUGGCGACUAUGGGGAUCAGCAAGUUGUCGGAACUAAUACGGGAAGCGGCGCCCAGCGCGGUCUCCCACAAACAAAUUUGUGACUAUUCGGAAAAGAAGAUUGCCUUUGAUGCCUCCAUCGUGCUCUGCCAGUUUCGUAAGGCCUGUCCAGAUCUCCAAAAUCGCAAUGGGACACCACUCAGCCCCCUGCUUGGCAUUUUCUAUCGCACUCUUCACUUCCUGGAGAAUGGUAUCAAGCCUGUCUUUAUCUUUGAUGGAUGUCCUCCUGAGCAGAAAGAGGGGCUGAUAGCAAAGCGAGCAGAAAGUGCUGGGUACAGAAUUUCCUGGCCUGGUGGAGUCUCUAACCAAGUGCAAAACUGCCAAAAGUUGCUCGAUUUACUUGGCGUUCCAUACAUUCAGGCACCCAGCGAUGGGGAGGCUAUGUGUGCCCACUUAGUGAAAACUGGGGAGGUGGAUGCUGUCGCCUCAGAGGACAUGGACACCCUGGCAUUCGGUAGCUCAUUCCUGAUCCGUCAACUGAAUGCAAAGAAAGGAAGUGAUGUCAUAGAAUACUGCUUGCCAAAGCUGCUAGAGGUUCUUAAUCUUACCCAAGAGCAGUUUGUAGAUCUGUGCAUUCUUCUUGGCUGUGACUACUGUGAGAAGAUCCGCGGUCUUGGACCAAAGAAAGCAUUGACUCUCAUCCAGCAACACAAGUCCAUUGAGGAUGUUCUCCUGAAUAUCAACAGAGAGGUGCAUCCUGUACCUGUCAGCUGGAAGUACCAUGAGGCUCGAAGAAUCUUUCUGAAUCCUGAUGUGACAACAGCAAAGCAGCAGACUUUGCACUGGAAAGAGCCGGAUGAAGAAGGGCUAGUGAAGUUCCUGGUUCAUGAGAAUUAUGUCAAGGAAGAGAGGAUCCGUAAGAGGAUGGAAGCAUUUCGGAAGAUGAAAGAAGAAAAGCUUUCCAAAGGAGAAUCAUCUGAUGAAGGAAAGUACCAGCAGUCGGCCAUUACCAGAUAUUUCAGAGUGACACGGAAGAGACAGGCAGCAGCUGACAACGAGUUCAGUCCCAAGAAACCCGGUUAGAGGAGUUCGAUCUUCACUUUUCUGCCAAGUGGACUCCUCCCUGGCGGACAACCUCUGGUGAGAUUUCUUGGACUUCACUGGCCACCUGGAGGUGCAGACUGAAGGUGGACGCCAGUGUUUUCAAUUCCAAUCAUUGUACAUUCCAAAAUGAUCUUAAUUUUCCUUAUAAUGAUAUUAAGAAAUAGCCUGAAGGGAGUUAAAAAAGCAAGUGUGCGCCAGGCUAGAGGUGAGGCCUGGCAGGUGAUCGAUAUUCCUGUUUGAAUCAUGAUGGGGCCAUCAUGCGAGUCCAUACAGCACAGAUUUAAACUAAGACAACGAGAGAGCGACCCAUGAGACUUGUUCAUGGUGGCAUUGAGUUUUAAAAAUGGACCUGGCCCUGCAAAAUCACUUUACAAUGGUGAAUGUGGCAAACUUGUCCCAGGUAGAUUGGUGGCAGUUUCUUAAUUGAGGGCUGAUAAAUAUUACAAAUGCUUUUAAAUGUUCAUCAGAUUUUCUCUUUUGAGAAAGCAAGUAAAAUCAUCGCCUGCUCAAUGCCAGGGUGCCAGCGUGAUUGAGUGCACAGGAGAAGAGUCGCCUUGAUCUCAUAUGUUUUGUUAAUUUAGAUAUCAUAAGUCAGCGCCUCACAUGUUGGUGGGAGGUAGACUGCUACUUCUAAUUACCAGGAACCUGCAAAUAUUCAAAAAAUGAAGCCUAAGUUUACUUAUGAUUGGUAAGAAAACUUCUAAUUAAAAAGAUAUUGAUGUGCCAGUGCGAUAUUGAGAAUUGCAAGUCCAGGUUGGAUUUUUAAGCUUAAUGUAACAGUACAAGCUUUAUGGAUGGACAGAUCGACAGGCAGAUUAAACACGGUUGCUUGUUUUUGUUCUGCUUGAAUUUAUGGCCUUUAGAAUUUGAAAAGUUCACAGAGCGUGAGGGUGUGUAACUCGCCAGUGUAAAAUGGUGCAUAAGAAUGAACGGUGAGCUCCCCACCAAACGGAGUGUCCCGCUUUUAUUUCAACUUUGUACAAGAGCACAAAAUAAAUAUUCUUACCCAUA